AUGAUAAAAAUUCUGCUGAUCUUUGCAAUUGCCAUGCUCGCCGAAGUAUCCCUUAGCACCCCGCGUGUUGGAGACGACGCCUCUACGAAUAAUGCCGCCUCGCCAGAUUGCCCACCGGAGGACGAAUGUGGUUGGCAUUGCUACCUCGACACCAAUCCAAAUUCCAAAAACGAGGACAAGUCGAAGAGGAGUGGGAACGAUGAAAUGAGGGAAUCCGUCUUAGAGGACGCAUGGGAUCUUCGGCAGUAUGGUUACCCACUCUGGAACUAUAGAUUGUAUAACGAACUAUCGAAGAUCUUGAAGACU